AUGAUGAAGCAGCGAGGGCACACGGCGGGCACGGUCCGGGCGCCUCUGCUGCGCUCCCCCUGCAGCUGCCGAGGCAGCCCAGGCCGUGCCGGCAGCCUGCAGGAGGAGCUCCCCCGGUGGUGCCCCCUGCCCAGCUCCCGUUCCCGCCGGCGCGCCCCGCUCUGCAUUUGGCGCCAAGCGGCCCCCGAGGGGGGCGCGGCCUCCGCUGGCGCCAAAGCGAGGGGCGGGGCUUUCCCGCCCGCCGCCACUGCCACAAUGGGGGGCGGGGCCGUGGCCGGCUCUGCAGCCAAUGGGAGUGCGCGGGCGGGCCGUGCCGGGCGCGGCGCGGGCUGUGAGUGGCCAGCGGCUCGUUCUGGCGCCAACUUCGAAGGGGAUAUAAGGAGGCGGAGCCAGGCUGCGCUCCCCCACUUCCUACCGCCCCUCGCUGCCGCCGGUCUCGCCGCUCUCGCCGCCGGUUCCGCCGCUGGUUCCGCCGUUCCCGCCGCCGCUCCCGCCGCCUCUCGGCGCUGCUGGCUCGGCUGCUCCCGCCUGCCGCUUCCCAGUGCCGCCGGUCCCGCCGCCGCCACCAUGCUGCCCGCCCGCCCCCCGCUCGCCGCCCGCCACGACCAGCCCUGCCUGGCUGCCGGCAAGCGCCUGUCGCCGGGGAAGAGCCUGUCGCCCAUGAAGGCCCUGGUGCUGAGCGAGAAGGAGAACACGGUGAGCCCCGGGCCGGCCCCGCCCGCGCCCCGCCGCCGCCCCGCAGCGCUCUCACCCUGCCGCUCUCUCCCGCAGCCCCCCGCGCUCGGCAGCGCUCGGGUCCUGGCCAGCAAGGCUGCCCGCAAGAUCUUCCAGGAGGGCGACGAGAAGCCGGCGGCGCCGCGGGGUGAGGAGGAGGAGGAGCCGCUGCUGCGGGACAACCCCCGGCGCUUCGUCAUCUUCCCCAUCCAGUACCACGACAUCUGGCGCAUGUACAAGAAGGCUGAGGCCUCCUUCUGGACGGCAGAGGAGGUGGACCUCUCCAAAGACCUCCAGCACUGGGAGGCCCUGAAGCCCGAGGAGAAGUAUUUCAUCUCCCACGUCCUGGCCUUCUUCGCUGCCAGCGAUGGCAUCGUCAACGAGAACCUGGUGGAGAGGUUCAGCCAGGAGGUGCAGGUGACCGAGGCACGCUGCUUCUACGGCUUCCAGAUCGCCAUGGAGAACAUCCACUCGGAGAUGUACAGCCUGCUGAUCGACACCUACAUCAAGGACCCCUCCCAGAGGGAGUUCCUGUUCAACGCCAUCGAGACGCUGCCCUGCGUGAAGAAGAAGGCAGACUGGGCCCUCUGCUGGAUCGGGGACAGGCAGGCUUCCUAUGGGGAACGAGUUGUGGCCUUCGCAGCAGUGGAGGGGAUCUUCUUCUCUGGCUCUUUUGCCUCCAUCUUCUGGCUGAAGAAGAGAGGGCUGAUGCCUGGCCUGACCUUCUCCAACGAGCUGAUCAGCAGAGAUGAGGGCCUGCACUGCGACUUUGCCUGCCUGAUGUUCAAGCACUUGCUGCACAAGCCCUCGGAGGAGAGGGUGAGGGAGAUCAUCACCAGCGCCGUCCUCAUCGAGCAGGAGUUCCUGACCGAGGCGCUGCCGGUGAAGCUGAUCGGCAUGAACUGCAGCCUGAUGGCGCAGUACAUCCAGUUCGUGGCCGACCGCCUGAUGCUGGAGCUGGGCUUCGGCAAGAUCUACAGAGCAGAGAACCCUUUUGACUUCAUGGAGAACAUCUCCCUGGAGGGCAAGACCAACUUCUUUGAGAAGAGAGUGGGGGAGUACCAGAGGAUGGGGGUGAUGGCCAAGCCCACAGACAACUCCUUCACCCUGGAUGCAGAGUUCUGAGGGGACUGAGCCCACAGUGCUGCUGCCUGGCAGAGGGA